AUGAAGUUCAUGCACUACCCCGCGCUCGACAAUCUCUCGUCGGCGCUAUCUACUUCGCCCGCCCCCGAGACGAAGAUCAAUGUCCGGUUCGAGGUGUACUCGAUCAAGCCUAUCAGAGAGGAAAGGAAGAUGUUCAAGGAGAUGGAAGAGGCGUAUAUGAGUGGACAGGAGGAGAUGGAAGAAAUGAGCUUCUCGCCCGAGAUGAAGGAAGCUGGACUGAGUAGUUGCUUUGGCAGGCUGGACGAGAAGGAGAGUCGCAAAGUCCACUUUCAGCUCGUCUCCACCCUCAAUGCCGCUUUUCCGGACCACGACUUUAGCUCGCUCCGGCCAGACCAGUUCACGCGCGAGCCGAACGCGGCUGUAGUUCUGGGCCAUCUAGGCGGAAGUCUGCUUGGUCAAGGUGCAGCACCAAUGGGUCCACCGUCUUCAUCACCACUCCUUCAUCCCCUCUCCUCUUCACCUUCCGGCGCCGGCCAAUUCCCCUUCAAGGCGGAGCACAAUCGCGCCCUGCAAGAAGCCAUCGAUCUGGACGCGUGCGAAGUCUACUCAUGGUUCCCUUCGCCCGAGUACGAUCCUCACGCCGAGGCAGAUGACGGCGAGCUGUCUGAGGACGGCUUUGAGCAGGAGGAAGAAGCGCUAGACGAGUCGCUCGAGAUGGAUAUCGACGAGAAUGAGACGGAGGCCAGCUGGGGUAACGCGGGUAUGGAGCUGGACACGGAGCCUAUGCUGGGAGGUGGAGUGAUGGAGACAAGAAGUCGCAGUAAGGGAAGGAGACUCGGCGGGAUGGAGGCGGCUAUGUUGCCCCCUGCCUUGCCCAAGCGGUCUUCCGAGGAAGACGGGAGGAGGGGAGGGGGUCUGCUCUGGAGUACAAACUACUUCUUUUACAACAAGCGACAAAAGCGCAUCCUCUUCCUCACCUGUUGGUGUCGCAAGCGGACCCCAUUCCUCCUCUCGCCACUCCCGGCCGAAUCAGACUUCCCAGCGCCAAUUUCAUCCUCCCUCUCCUACACAUCUCCUACGGCGAUGUCCACGCUGGCCCACCGCACUCGCGCUCGAUCACGGACCAAGCCACUCGGUCGGCCAGCUAAGAAGCCCUCGCAUAUAUCAUUCACCCUCGCUCAAACGCCGGUCCGAGACGAUGCGGAUAUCGACAUGACCUCUCUCAUCCCUAUCCGAGGUAUGGAGACGCCUCGUAAUACCACGACCCGGCUCGCUUCGUCCGCGCCCGCCGUACCUGGCUUCCUCUCCAGUCCGUCUGGUCAUGGCGCGCUGGCCAAGAUGUCGGCGGGCGGGUACAAACCAAGAACACCCGCCAGGGUACUCAUCAACGCUGCCAGGAUGAGCGAGAUGUCGACCAAUAAUACCACCGGGCACGGAACCGAAGGAGACAAGACGCGUAAGCAGCGGAGCGAGAGCGCGAGCUCGCCCGGCGCCAAUCUUCUCCAAGCAGGCAUGACAAACGCUCAGGGAGCGGGAGCUGUCAAGGGGAAGAGGAGCAAGGUGUGA